AUGUCGCGUCGCCUCGAGCUGCUCACCCGAAGCUUGGGCAACUCUGGUAGCAGAGGCAUGCCCAUUCGACUGCCUCGUCCACACAUCAGCUGUCGUCUUCGAUUGUCGUCUCAGUCAUCCUCACCCUCAUCCUCAUCCUCGCAAUGGAGGCCGCAACGCCAGCUGAUGACGCUUGCCAUCGAGACUUCUUGCGAUGACACUUCUGUUGCCAUUGUGGAAAAGGACAGCCAGUACGGCCGGACCGUGGCACAAAUACAUUUCCACAAAAAAGUGACUUCGAACAAUUCCGACUAUCAAGGAGUUCAUCCCCUCAUCUCUCUGCAAUCCCACCAGCAGAAUCUGGCAACCCUUGUAAGCGAGGCCAUUGAAUGUCUCCCUCUGCAAUGUGAUGGAAGUGCUUCAGCAGCCACUGGUGUGGGCUCCAAAAGGCUUCCAGACUUCAUCUCCGUCACGCGAGGCCCAGGAAUGCGAAGUAAUCUGUUCACUGGGCUUGACACAGCCAAAGGCCUUGCCGUAGCAUGGCAGAAACCUCUCGUGGGAGUGCACCAUAUGCAAGCCCACGCUCUAACAUCACGACUGGUGACCGCCUUGAAUGCCUAUCGGGACCUCAGCGUCCAAAGAGAGACUGCUCCAGAUGUCAUCAGUGCAGCGACUUGUGAUCCGUCCUUCCCGUUCCUAUCGAUCCUUGCCAGUGGCGGCCACACAUUGCUUAUACAUUCUGCGUCUCUGACAGAUCAUCGUAUCAUGGGUAGCACUCAGGACAUUGCUAUUGGCGAGUGUCUCGACAAGAUCGCCCGUGUCGCUCUACCCGCAGAAUGGUUACAGACCACAAAAAGCACAAUGUAUGGAGCUUUACUUGAAGCAUUCGCCUUUCCUCCAAGUCAAUCUGCAGAAAGUGUCGGACACAGUGGGAAUGAGCAGGGCCAUGAAAGGCCACUGUCAGCAACCGUUGUCUACACAGCCAGAUCUCAUCUAGACGAAAACUGCGAAGAAUACGACUGGUCGUUCAUGAAUCAUGAAGAAGCUGUCAAGAAGAACGCAACUGCAUGGGGAUGGGCCAUCAAUCAGCCGCUGACCAAAUCUGGCGGGGGAAACAAGAUCAAUAGCCUCGAGAUGAGCUUCUCUGGACUCAUGACAGCAGUUGAGCGCAUUGUUCGCUAUGGAAUGGACCCUGCCACUAGGAAGCUAAAACUAACAGAACGGGCAGCUGAUGAUAUUACCCUGCAAGAACGGCAAGAUAUAGCUCGAGAAACUAUGCGUGCCGCUUUCGAGCAUGUCGCCUCUCGGGUAGUCUUGGGCUUGCAGUCCCUAAAAGACUGCUCGUCAAGUCAUCCAGCAGUAGUCAUGGCUGGUGGAGUCGCGGCAAACUCGUUCCUUCGACACAUACUUGCGAGUACGCUAUGCGCAAAUGGCUAUUCCAACGUCGAGUUGCAUUUCCCACCGCCCUAUCUCUGUACUGACAAUGCAGCAAUGAUCGGAUGGGCCGGUCUUGAGAUGUUCGACGCUGGCCACACCGACCCUUUGAGUAUUCGAGCAAUUCGAAAGUGGCCACUUGACAAACUUCUAGAUCCUGUUGAAGAUGGGUAG